AUGCUCUGUAGGGUCGCCGUCUUUGGAUGGGUCACCUUUCGCAAUAUCCUCUUUCUGGGCCAUAUCCCGUUUGCAUUGAAUCGAAUUAGCUUGUACUUGUGGCCUGGCCACUAUGCACAUAUCUGGACAAAUAAACUCGUGUUCAUCUGCUUCGGGCUUGAAUGGGGAGUGCCAGUGGCGAUAAAUCUUGGCUAUUUCAUUGCCGGAUGUCGCGGAGAUCUGGUGGAUAUUGCUGAUAUUCGAUCGUUGUACAGCACUUGCUCUACGAUGGCCUCCUACCAGUGGUGGUUUUGCGUCGGACUCUCUGGCUGCACUUGCAUCGUCUGCUACAGCGUCUCCUUCCACCUCAGCCGGAGACAGAAAAAGCUGUCGGAGCUGGAGCAGAAGCUGCUCCUCUGCUCCGUGCUGCAGGCGCUGCCGAUGUUCACCGAGUUUUUGAGGACGAUUAUACAGUUCUUGCUCCUAUACGUAUUCAUGAUCGAAAAUUACACAGCCGAUUCGUGGGUGGCAAAAUUUUGGUCGGAAGUAUUAUAUUACUAUAUCGAUACCCUCGUAACAAUCCCGCCUUACUGUCUAUUAUUAACGAACACACACGUUCGCCGGUUAUUUCUAUGUCGCAAAAAGCAUACGGGUUCUUCCGCCACUCGUGUCUCUUCUCUUGGGAAGACAAAGAUUGUAGAGAUUAAA